AUGUCUCGCAAUGCUUUAGUCACUGGUGCUGCAAGAGGAAUUGGACGUGCAAUUGCUCUUCGCCUUGCUAGAGAUGGUCUCAAUGUGGCUAUCAAUGAUACUGCAGCAAGAUCAUUAGAGCUCAAUAGUGUUCGACAAGAAAUUGAAACAAUCGGUCGAAAGUCUACCACCAUCAUCGCUAAUGUUUCUGUGGAUAAAGAAGUCAAAGCAAUGAUGCAGAAUGUCGUAAAAGAAUUGGGUGGUUUGGAUGUAAUGGUGGCCAAUGCAGGAAUCGCUCAUGUAAAACAGCUUAUUGAUGUCACUGCAGAAGAAUGGGACAACAUGUUUGCAACCAACAUGCGUGGCGUAUUUCUUUGCUACAAAGAAGCUGCCAAAGCUAUGAUAGCCCAAGGUAAGGGAGGCAAAAUUAUUGGAGCUUGCAGUGUCGUCGGAUAUAGGCCGUUUCCGAUGUUGAGUCCUUAUUCUGCGAGUAAAUGGGGUGUACGUGGCCUUACACAAGCCGCUGCCAUGGAAUGGGCGAAAUAUAAGAUUACAGUGAAUUCUUAUUGUCCAGGAAUUGUCGGAACUGCGAUGUGGGAUAUGGUUGACGAAGAAUUAGCGAAAAUUGAAGGCAAACAAAAAGGAGAGGUCAUUAAAGAUUAUUCAAACAAGCUGGUAUUACUUGGUCGUACAAGUGAGCCGGAUGAUGUAGCAAAUUUUGUAUCCUAUCUUGCAAGCAAAGAUUCUGACUACAUGACUGGACAGAAUGUUCUCAUUGAUGGUGGAAUUCAAUUUUCUUAA